AUGAGACUGCAACAGUUUACAGAACAUUCAUCAGCUUCACCGAGUGAUGCGCAGACGCCUUUCCUUUCCUCUGGAGUCACUGGUAUCGGAGAUGCUCGUAAUAUUUUUUAUGAACAGCAACUGGCGCGAAAGGAAAAAGACAUCACGGAGCUGAGAAAUGCUGUGCACGUGGCGGAAUUGAACGUUCGUGACAUUCAACAGGCAUCACUCACUAAAGAUCUUCAACAUUUUGAAAUGGUGGAAAAGUUGAAAGAUGAAAUUAGAAUUUUAGAAGGAAAAGUGAAAUUUUUGAGCGGUGAUGCAAAUAUGGAAUAUUUACGAAACAUUUUCAUCCAGUUGUUGCAUUGUGAAAGUUCAUCUGGUCGAAAACACAUCCUGAAGGCGAUUGGCGCCGUGUUGAAAUUGAGUACUACUGAAAUGCGAGCCAUCGAAAGACGUACUCAUCCUUAG